UAAGAGCUUUCCUAAACAACUUGGUCGUUGCUUCUAACAUAUCUUAUGGGUUCGAAGCAGUGGACGAGGUAUGAGGACAAACUGUUUGAGAGUCUUCUGUUGGUGUUCCCAGAAAAUACUCCCAAUAGGUUUGAGGCUAUCGCCGAACAUCUUAAUGUACCGCUUGAAGAGGUGAAGCACUACUACAAAGCUUUGGUCCACGAUAUUAACCUUAUCGAAUCGGAUCAAUAUCCUACUACUAAUUAUCCAGAUGGGAUCCCAUCCCAGACCAAACAUAUGGAGAAAGAAAAGAAGAGGGGAAAACCUUGGACAGAAGAGGAACACAGGCUUUUUCUGGAGGGGCUAGAUAAAUAUGGGAAAGGAGAUUGGAAGAAGAUAUCGAGAAAGAGUGUGAAGACAAAGACCCCAAUGCAAGUCGCAAGCCAUGCACAAAAGUAUUUCCUGAGGCAAGAUGCGAAGAAGAAGGCAAAGAAACGCUCCAGUAUCCAUGACAUAACUUUGAUAGAUCAUGCUGCUAACAAUGUAACCGCACCUCGAUCCGACUUGGACUCUACGAUGGGCCAGACACCUUCUGAUCAGCAGGUGCCUCAAGAACAUCAUCAUUCCGACGAAGACUAUUUGAUUGAGAAGAUGUAUACGUAAAUUCCAAACUAUAAAAUCUUUUUUAUUAAUUGGCUUUUGGUUCUUAGUGUUUUUUUUCUUCUUUUUGUACAUCUAGUUAUUAAACAAUCCAAAUUUGU